GUUGAAAGAAGUAGAGCAUAGAGAUUCCCACACACAUACCGUAAAACCUCGAUUUAAGGUGACCCUCGGCAUUUCGCCCAUAUAGCACCAUAUAAAUUCAUUUUUUUGUGUACAUUAAAACUUCACUUUUGCAAAACGUAAUUAUUUAAAAGUGUCGCUUUAAAUAGAGUUUUUACGGUACAAUCGAAUACAACCGCGGGAAAUCAAAAUUGAUAGAGGCAUUCACGCGGUAUGACGUCAUGACAUUUUCUGCGCACAGUACCCAGGAUAUUCGCGCAGCUGGCCCAGCCCCAUGCAGCUACUACUAUAAACCGAUUAUAGACUCUUCCCUAGACUCUAUCCCUGUGUGCUGAGGUCCAAGAUGGCAGCCAGGAGUAAGAGUGGACUGGCCCUAGUGCUGGUGGCUGGCUCUCCACUGAAGAUACUAUGGAGUGCUGGGACAUUCGGUAGCUACGAUGCAAAGUUUAAGAAGAAAUUUAACAGGAGAAAAUACGUCAACUUCAGCCUCAUUGACAGCUGUAAGCUCACAGGUUGCAAGUGCUGUGAUGGAAGUAUCAACAUUUACAUUGCUUCAGGGCUGCUGCUUGGGUUAGCUAGACUACACCACCGACGAUGGUCUUGGCUCAGACAAGAUGUUAAGGAUUUGAAAGAUGCAUAUGAAGAAACGAAGAGAGCGUCCUCUAGGAGUAUUGACGUACCUCGGUCCAGGCCUGGUGAAGUGGACCUGCCAUCCCUCGACUACAGUGCAUGUAGCAGCCUCUUACAGCUCAACCAGAGCAGUGUUGACAUGUUCAAGAAUGCAUACCUCAAGGAAGGCGACUACCUCACCUUCAGGGUCAACCCUCUGAUGGCCUCUGCUGGUAGGCAAGAAGACUCCCUCUAUGUGGAGGUUGAUGACUCAUACACAGCAGACCCUCGUGACAUCACUCUACCCGAUAUUUCCACGGACAAAUCCCGGGACAUUUUUGGUCAGAUGCCUGAUCUUGACGACAGCUUUGGUGAUGGUGGCAUGGCCUUCUUUGAUGCUGAUGCUAAGUUCCCUGACAUUGCCAUAGUGACUAGAGCUAGUGGUAGCAUUCAUCCCAAGCCUAAGAGUAAGGACCAGACGAUGGACAAUGUGUCUAACUCCUUCCAGUAUCUCGGAGGGGGAGAGAGCGACCAAUCAGAGAACAGCAUUGUACCAUAUGAUCGCCAGAAAGGAGCAUCUGAAGACCCCCUACCCCCAGGAGGGGUCUCUCAGUUUUCCCUCGAGUGUAUCUUCACUGCCCCCUCAAUCCCGGUGAACAGGAGACGCAAAGUACCCUUCAAGAAGCAAGUGUUUGACAAAGACAUACGUCUGCGUGAAUAUGAUCCUAACCCGGAGCUAAUAACAGAUGCUUACAAGAUCAGACCAGGACCAAGAGCUGGGAUGCCAGCACCCAAGUUUGAUAAAGAACUCUUCAGCAUUAACAACAUGAUGUUUCACGAUAAACAGUUCUGUAAGCUGCUCCGAGGCUGGGAUAGUGAUGCAGCCAUGAGCAACCCUCCACCUCCCACUGACAUCAGUCCCACGUCUCCUCUGAGUCAGUCUGAGCUGGAGAAGACUAGGAUAGUAUCGAAAGACAACCUGACACAGAAAUCAGACCAGGCCUCCAGAUCUCGAUUGACCAGCUCCUUGAAGAACUCUGUAUCACUGCAUCCUGGCAAGAGUAGGGUUGUUGCUGGUGGGAAGACAACGAGGAACCCCGGGGGACUGUCCCCUAUAGCUGACGUGGAGGCUGAGGAAUACACAUACUCUCAGACUGCAUACUCUGGGGUCCACUCCCCCGCACCCUCGGACAGUAUGGAAGCUGAUGUAGGAGGUAUGAUGGAUGAUAAUGAUAACACUCCAGAGCAACCCUUUACCAAGGACCUACCAGAGCUGGCCACCACCCCCCAACCACUCAAUCGGAGCACUAUAGACCAUUUUACUGAUGCUAUGGUGGAGAGGUUGAUUGAUAGCCGCAGUCUUCUGUUCACUGAGAUAGCACCUCCUGGAGUCAUGGACAAGAGAACUGCAGCAUCCAAAUUCUUUAAACUACUAAGUGCAGCUAGUCAACCCAUAAACAAGCUCAAGCUGGAGCAGGAGGAAUCUUAUGGCCCUGUCAAAAUCUCAAACAAAACAUGACUCAAGAAGAGCACGGACAAUCCACAGGCAGGACCUAACUAUUAUGAUCUGAUCAAAUCAUUCAUCACACUAGCCUAGCUAAGCUAGCGCUUCAAUUCUAGAAUUUUAACACUUAAUAUUGUAUAGCAAAAUGUUCAUCAUCAUAAUUAUUA